CUGGCAUUAGCUUAUGCGUGAAACCUUCUUCGUAAAUAUUCAAAUUUAGAAUCAAAUAUUAUUGAUACUAUUUCUUUUUCAUACAUUACAUUAAUAUUCUUCAAAAUUAAAAAUGCCAGGAGUAGAGCAUGUUACUAACAAAGUCGUUGUUCAUCCUUUAGUUCUAUUAAGUGUUGUUGAUCAUUUCAAUAGAAUGGGUAAAAUUGGGAAUCAGAAGAGAGUAGUUGGCGUAUUAUUAGGAUGCUGGAAGGCAAAAGGUGUUUUAGACGUAUCUAAUAGUUUUGCAGUGCCAUUUGAUGAAGAUGAUAAAGACAAAUCAGUUUGGUUUUUAGACCAUGAUUAUUUAGAAAAUAUGUAUGGCAUGUUUAAGAAAGUUAAUGCAAGAGAAAAAGUUGUUGGCUGGUAUCAUACAGGCCCAAAGUUACAUCAAAAUGAUGUUGCAAUUAAUGAACUUAUACGCCGUUACUGCCCUAACUCAGUUCUUGUUAUUAUCGAUGCAAAACCAAAGGAUCUUGGUUUACCUACAGAAGCAUAUAGAGCAGUUGAAGAAGUACAUGAUGAUGGUUCUCCUACGACAAAAACAUUUGAGCAUGUUCCCAGUGAAAUAGGGGCUGAAGAAGCAGAGGAAGUGGGUGUUGAACAUCUGCUGAGAGAUAUAAAAGAUACAACUGUCGGCUCACUUUCGCAAAGGGUUACUAAUCAAUUUCUUGGUCUCAAAGGCCUUAAUCAACAAAUUCAAGACAUCAGGGAUUACCUUAUGCAGGUUGUUGAAGGAAAAUUGCCCAUCAACCAUCAAAUAAUAUAUCAGCUUCAAGACAUAUUUAAUCUCCUUCCUGACAUGAACCAUGGGAACUUUGUUGAUUCAUUAUACAUAAAAACAAAUGAUCAGAUGCUUGUCGUUUAUCUCGCUGCCCUCGUUAGAGCUAUUGUUGCCUUGCAUAAUCUGAUCAAUAAUAAACUCAGUAAUCGUGAUGCCGAAAAAAAAGAAAGCACCAAAAAAGAAGAAAAACCUAAAGAAGAAGAAAGUGUAAAAAAAGAAUUGAAGGCUAAGUAAAUGAUGCCAGUUCAUUCUCAGGAUUGAACAGAUGUUAUUUAUUGUAAGAUUUAAUUAUAAUCUUUUAUACAUAUGUGUACAUUAAUAGUAUAUACAUCGUUUUCAACAAAUCAGAUUUAUAAUUUGUAAAAAAAAAAGAAAAGGGAACAAAAUGAUAUUUAAAUAUUUAACUAUUUAUACAUUUUUUUUGUGAGUACAAUUAAACCAUUUAGUUGAACUUGUGAACUACAAAAAUUAAUUUGUAAUAAAACCAGUCUAAUUUCUUAA